CAUUGGAGAAGGCGAAAGCGUUGGGAGGAGAAGGUCGGAGCUUUUGCAGUUGACCGGGGGCCCUUGGGGAGCUCUCGGAGGCGGUGAUUGGGCCGUUUGUAAUCGGCUGCCCGGUUGAUGGCGCUCGGAUUAUACCUUCAUCCCUUCCUUUGGCCAGGCUCAUCGCGAAUUCGAUUCUACCAUAGCUUGUUUCAUCCUGUGUUCUAUAUUCCCUCGCCAGUGUUGUUGGGUUCUUCUUACCCCUCCCCUUCUCUACUAUGUUGAUCACAAACUAAGAGCGUUGCAUUUGCCUUGCUCUGGGACUUUUGUACUUGGCGCAUUGCUCCCGGUUCGCCCGCUAGAGCCUCGAACUAAUUAGCUUUCCCCCUCCGUCUGGCUUGAUCUCGACCACUCUGGCCAGCGAGUUUUUUUUUUCCUUCUUAAACUAUCUUCUACCUGGACUUGAGCGUCUCAUCAAGCUUGUUGACCAUGGCCUCGCAAACGGAGGCCGUGACCACUGCUCAUGAGCACUCCCGCGCUCGGGCAAAUGGCAUCGCCGAGAACCAAGUCGACGCCUCAGCGUCCGUUCCCGCGCCCGCGCCCAUUGGCAAGAAACGUCAUAGCAAAUACCGCCAUGUCGCAGCCUACCAUGCACAGCUACGACACUCAAGCCUCAGCCGAGAUGCAGAGGUUACUCCCAGCUUUCUUGGAUUCAGGAAUCUGAUGGUGCUAGUACUUGUGGCCAUGAAUCUUCGAUUGAUCAUUGAGAAUUUCAUGAAAUAUGGCGUCCUGAUCUGCAUCAAAUGUCAUGACUACCGCAAGCAGGACAUCGUUCUCGGAUCCAUCCUAUUCGCCCUCGUGCCAUGUCACCUAUUCCUGGCCUAUGCUAUCGAGCUCUCUGCAGCAUGGGCCGCGAAGCAGACCGUUGGCCACCUAAAGAAGACUGCCGAAGAAAAAGAGCGUGACCAGCAGCGCUUCCGCUCUACCUGGCGCUACACGGCUCUGCUGCACACUUUGAAUGCGACCAUGUGCCUAGCCCUGACCAGUUUCGUAGUGUACUUUUAUAUUCACCACCCAGGUAUUGGGACUCUCUGCCAGCUGCACGCGAUUAUCGUGUGGCUCAAGAACUGCUCCUAUGCAUUCACCAACCGCGAUCUCCGCCUCGCCUUUCUCAACCCCUCUGCAGACCCCGGUCUGCCCGAAAUCUACGCGACCUGCCCUUAUCCCCGGAACGUGACUCUCAAGAACCUGGCGUAUUUCUGGAUGGCCCCGACUCUAGUCUACCAACCCGUCUACCCGCGCACCACCUCAAUCCGCUGGUCCUUUGUCGCGAAGCGGCUGGCAGAGUUUGUCGGAUUGGCAGUGUUCAUCUGGCUUCUCUCGGCACAGUAUGCUGCCCCCGUACUGCGCAAUUCCAUUGAUAAAAUCGCCGUCAUGGAUAUCGCUUCUAUCCUCGAGCGCGUCAUGAAACUCUCCACCAUCUCGCUGAUCAUCUGGUUGGCCGGAUUCUUCGCCCUCUUCCAGGCUCUGCUGAAUGCCCUGGCGGAAGUGAUGCAAUUCGGAGACCGUGAAUUUUAUACCGACUGGUGGAACAGUUCCAGUCUGGGCGUGUACUGGCGGUCGUGGAAUCGACCGGUAUAUCUGUUCAUGAAGCGGCAUGUGUACUCACCGCUCGUUGGCCGAGGUUGGAGUCCUCUCGCCGCGAGCGGGAUGGUCUUUUCACUGUCCGCUAUUCUGCACGAAAUGCUGGUGGGCAUUCCCACCCAUAACUUUAUUGGUGUUGCGUUCUUCGGCAUGAUGUUCCAAUUGCCCCUCAUCGCUCUUACGGCGCCGUUGGAGAAGAUGCGUGGCCCGCAGGGCAAGACGAUUGGUAACUGUAUCUUUUGGGUGAGUUUCUGUCUGGUUGGACAGCCACUGGGAGCGCUACUGUACUUUUUUGCAUGGCAGGCCAAGUACGGUAGUGUUAGUCGAAUGCGCGUCUAAAUUGGUCUUUGGUCUUGUCCUCGAUGAUCCCCAUUUCAGGCAACGAAAGUAUGGGCAGAUGUGGAUCAGUCAGCAUUGAGAAUCAGGGUGGUACCAGUGUUGAUCUUUUGAGCUAGAAUUUUGCAUUUAUAGGUCAUUGAUCUGUUUUUACUUUUUCGCCGGCUUAUAGAAUUUGGUUCUUUGAUUAGACACCUCUUGGAG